GCUAAUCAUCCUUCUGCCCUGUGUCCUGCUUGCCACCAUGGGCUGCGUUGGAGCUCAAAUCCACUGGGGCUCUCAGGGUGCUCCAGCACAACAAUCCCUGGCAGGGAACAUCUGGCUCCUGCAGCUGAGGCUGUUGUCUUCAGCCAUGAGAAACCUGCACCCACAUGUCCAGGAAAAGCAGCAAGUAAAAGAAAAUACAUGCUGAGCUGGAAAACACUGAGAGGGAAGAAGGUGAAAUAACCACAGCACAGCCUUGCAGGCAUUGCUCCCACACCAAAACCUGCCGCUGCUCCCAGCCGGCUGCGUUGCUAAGUGACAGCUGAUUCACCACAUCACUCACCAUCCAGCAGGCAGCAGGAAAGCCAGGGAAGAGCUACAGACAGGGCUGCCCAGACCUCAUCCUCACCAUGGCCAGGCAGUGUGUAACCUGCAUCUGGACAGCCGCACCGAGCCACAGACCGCGGCGGGGCCGGGCAGGGCCGCACCAUGACCGAGACCACCAAGACCCACGUUAUCCUGCUGGCCUGCGGCAGCUUCAACCCCAUCACCAAGGGGCACAUCCAGAUGUUCGAGCGAGCCCGGGAUUACCUGCACAAGACCGGACGCUUCAUCGUCAUUGGCGGCAUCGUCUCGCCCGUGCACGACUCCUAUGGGAAAACGGGGCUAGUCUCUAGCCGGCACCGCUUGACCAUGUGCCAGCUGGCCGUGCAGUCCUCCGACUGGAUCAGGGUGGACCCCUGGGAGUGCUACCAGGACACCUGGCAGACCACCUGCAGUGUGCUGGAGCACCACCGUGACCUGAUGAAGAGAGUGACUGGCUGCAUCCUCUCCAACGUCAACACACCCUCCAUCACCCCUGUGAUCGGCCAGCCCCAGAACGAGUCCUCGCAGAGCAUCUACCAGAACAACAACAGCGUCUCCAGCAAGCCCACCGCGGCAAAGAUCUUGGGGAAGGUGGGAGAAAGCCUGAGCCGGAUUUGCUGUGUUCGCCCGCCCAUGGAGCGCUUCACCUUUGUGGAUGAAAAUGCCAACCUGGGGACAGUGAUGAGAUAUGAGGAGAUUGAGCUUCGCAUCUUGCUGCUCUGUGGCAGUGACCUACUGGAGUCCUUCUGUAUUCCUGGCCUCUGGAAUGAGGCAGAUAUGGAGGUGAUCGUCGGGGAGUUUGGGAUCGUGGUGGUGCCCCGGGACGGAGCAGACCCCGAGCGGAUCAUGAACCACUCCUCCAUACUCCGCAAGUACAAAAACAACAUCCUGGUGGUGAAGGAUGACUCAAAUCACCCCAUGUCAGUUGUCAGCUCCACCAAAAGCAGACUGGCCCUGCAGCACGGGGAUGGACACGUCGUGGAUUACCUCUGCCAGCCAGUCAUUGACUACAUCCUCAAGAGCCAGCUCUACAUCAACGCCUCUGGCUAAGUGCCCGAGACCUUGCAGCGAGACAGCCCUCGUGUCCCGCCUGCCUACAGCUCUGCAUCACUCUUUUCUCUCUCUCAGUCCGUGUCUCCAUCUCUCUCCCCGUGCCAUGGCUUCCUGCCCAUGUCUGCCUCUCACCCCCAGCACCAACACUGUUGUGCAGCCAUGUCCAGGGAAUGGUUUGGUCUCUUUUUCUGGGGUACUGCCCUGCCCUGCGUGCAUGGGGAGGGAAGAGGGGCUGGUCAGGGAGCAACAUGCUCCAUGUGCUCCCAGCAUGUCCCUGGGAAAUGGUCCCCUCAGUCCAUCUUCCCAGCAUGCUCAGAGCAGGGGCUGCCUAUUCUGCAUCAUCUUACACAACCUACGCUCAAUAAAUCUGGGUGAUUUUUU